GCGACCUGACCCGGAAAAGGCAGCCUUCAGAGCCCCACGUGUUCGUGGAGCGUGGCGGAGAUGGAGAGUGAAAACGUCGCUGAAGCUAUGUCUCCGGGAGAGGCGACGAAGAGUGGCCCUCGGCCUGCCGACCGUCAUGGCCUGCUGAAGCACAGCCGCGAGUUCUUGGACUUUUUCUGGGACAUUGCAAAGCCGGAACAGGAGACGCGGCUUGAGGCCACGGAGAAGCUGCUGGAAUAUCUGCGCGCAAGACCAGAGGGAUCCGAGAUGCAGUACGCCCUGAAGCGCCUCAUCACUGGACUCGGGAUGGGGCGAGAAACUGCCCGGCCCUGCUACAGUAUGGCCUUGGCCCAGCUAUUACAGUCUUUUGAGGACAUCCCUUUGUGCAGCAUCCUACAGCAGAUACAAGAGAAACAUGACCUGCAGAAAGUUAAGAAGGUGAUGAUGAGACCUGCUCUUUUUGCAAACCUGUUCGGGGUGCUAGCCCUCUUUCAGUCAGGCAGACUGGUGAAGGACUCAGAGGCACUGAUGAAGUCCGUGAAGCUGCUGCAGGUCCUGGCCCAACACUACAACCACUUGCAUGAGCAGCCGCAUAAGGCCCUGGUGGACAUCCUCUCCGAGGUCCCGGACACCAUGUUGCAGAAGGUCCUGCCUAGGGUUCUCAAGGCCGACUUGAAUUCGGUACUUGGCACCCCUGAGCAUCUGGAGAUCUUCCUCUUGGCCCAGCAGAAAGUGCCCGCGAAGCUCAAGCAGCUCAUGGGACCGGUCAACCUAUUCUCAGAUGAGAAUAUCCCCAGACUGGUGAAUGUGCUAAAGAUGGCUGCCACCUCUGUGAAGAAGGAGCGCAGGCUGCCCGCUGUGGCUCUGGAUCUUCUCCGCCUGGCGCUUCAGGAAAACAAGUUCCUGCGGUUCUGGAAGGAAGUUGUGGAACAAGGGCUACUGAAAAAGCAGUUCUGGCCGGCCAGCUACCUGUGUUUCCGCCUGCUGGGUGCAUCCUUGCCCCUGCUAUCCAAGGAACAGCUGCAGCUGGUGAUGCGGGGAGACCUGAUCCGACAUUAUGGGGAACACAUGGUCACUGCUAAGUUCCCAAGUCAGUUCAAGUUUGCUCCAGAGAUGAAUGAGUACGUUGGAACCUUCCUAGAAGGCAGCCAGGAUGACCCCGAGAGGCAGUUGGCCGUGGUGGUGGCCUUCACAUCCGUCACCAACCAGGGCCUUCCCAUUGUGCCUACCUUCUGGCGGGUUGUGCGGUUCCUGAGUGGCCCUGCCCUCAAGGGCUAUGUCGCCUGGCUGCGGGACAUGUUUCUCCAGCCUGACUUGGAUGCCUUGGUGGACUUCAGCACUGGCAAUCAGAAGAAAGCACAGGAUGCUUCGCUCCAUGGGCCUGAGCGAGCUGUGUUCCGGCUACGGAAGUGGAUCAUCCUCCGCUUGGUCAGCAUCGUGGACAGCUUGCACCUGGAGAAGGAGGAAGCCUUGAUUGAGGAGGUGGCCAGGUUUUGUUUCUUCCACUCAUUCUUUGAAACAAAGAAGCCCACAUCCCAGAUCCCGGAAACAGAGCAGCGGUUCUCCUUUCCUUUGGAGGGCCGGGUCCGAGAGGUGGUUGGCAAUGCCUUCUUCAGCCUGCUGCAGACUCUCAGCACACAGUUUAAGCAGAUGCCAGAGCAGACCCAGGACAGGCAGCCCUGGACCUACCGCCUGGUACAGUUUGCAGACAUGCUGUUGAACCACAGCCGCAACGUGGCCCCCCUGACACCCUUCACUACACAGCAGCGCCAGGCCUGGGACCGGAUGCUACAGACUCUGAAGGAACUGGAGGCUCGCUCCUCAGAGGCCAAGGCCAAGGUCACUGCCUUUCAGCACUUGCUACUCCUGGUGGGCAUCCACCUCUUCAAGUCCCCCACAGAGAGCUGCGACCUCCUGGGUGACAUCCAGACCUGCAUCAAGAAAAGCCUGGGGGAGAAGACCCGCCGGACCCGCUCCAAGGCCGCCAACCCCCAGGAGCCGCCAUGGGUGGAAGUGCUGGUGGAGGUCCUCCUGGCCCUCCUGGCGCAGCCCAGCCAUUUGAUUCGCCAAGUGGCCCGGAGUGUGUUUAGCCACAUCUGCUCCCACCUGACUCCACGUGCUCUGCAGCUAAUCCUGGAUGUGCUGAACCCCGAGCAGAGCCAGGAUGAGGAUGACAACGUGGUGAUCAUGGACGAUUCCAAGAAGCAGCUAGAGGAUGAGGAGGACAAGAGCUCGGAGGGCGAGAACAACAAGAACUCUGAGAGUGAGGAGGAGAGCACCGAGGAGGAGAGUGACGAGGAGGAUCGGGACGGGGAUGUAGACCCUGGCUUCCGGGAGCAGCUGAUGGCGGUGCUGCAGGCAGGGAAGGCACUGGGUGGAGCGGGUGACGACGAGGACGAUGAGCUGGAUGAUGAGGCCAUGAUGGCUCUGGACCAGAACCUCGCUGGCCUCUUUGCUGAGCAGAAGCUGCGCAUCCAGGCGCGGAAGGACGAGAAGAACAAGCUACAGAAGGAGAAGGCGCUCCGGCGGGACUUCCAGAUCAGGGUCCUGGACCUGAUAGAAGUGCUGGUGACCAAGCAGCCCGAGAACCCCCUGGUCCUGGAGCUGCUCGAGCCACUGCUGAACAUCAUCCGUCGCAGCAUGCGCACCAGCAGCACCAAGCAGGAGCAGGACCUCCUGCAUAAGACAGCCCGCAUCUUCACACACCACCUGUGUCGCUCCCGGCAUUACUGCCGUGACGUGGGCAACAGCCUGGAGACUCUGUAUGCCCAGGUGGAGCGGCUGGUGCAGCAGGCCAGCCACCAAGCCGACUCCUCUGUCUCCCUCUACUACUUCAACGCCUCUCUCUACCUGCUCCGGGUCUUGAAGGGUAACACUGCUGAAAAGUCCACCCACCAGACCCAGAAGAAGGAGAAAGCAGGUGCUAACACCAGCACCAAGCCCAAGGGCCCCGAGGUGGCCCAGGCAGCCAGCUGCUUAGAUUUGAACCUCGUGACCCCGAUCUACUCAUCCACGCUGAGCUCCUUCCUGACUAAGCGCAACAGCCCUCUCACCGUUCCCAUGUUCCUCAGCCUCUUCUCCCGGCACCCGAUGCUCUGUAAGAACCUGCUCCCCGUUGUGAUCCAGCACGUGACAGGCCAGACACGGCCUCGCCAUCAGGCGCAGGCCUGCCUGCUGCUCCAGAAGGCCCUACCUGUUCGGGAGCUGAGACUGUGCUUUGAGGACCCCGAGUGGGAACAGCUGAUUGGCCAGAUCCUGGCAAAGGUCACAGAGAACUUUCAGGCACUGGGCGAAGCGCAGACCAAGUCGGAGCAACUGAAGGAGCGGUCCUCCUUGGAGCUGCUCAACACUGUUCUACGGAUUGUUCAUCAUGAGAAGAUGACCGUGGACCUGACAGCCGUCCAGGGCAUGCUGCAGAGCCAGCAGUCAAAGCUGCAGCACAGGGUGCAGCAGCGCGAACACUCGGCCGGGUCCAGCCGCCUCUACGACCUCUACUGGCAGGCCAUGAGGGUCCUCGGGGUCCAGCGCCCCAAGUCGGAGAAGAAGGAUGCCAAGGAAGUCUCCACUGCCAUGCAAAGCCCCGUUAGCACAAAACGGAAGAAAAAGGGAUUCUUGCCAGAGACCAAGAAGCGCAAAAAACGCAAGUCAGAGGACACCGCACAAAAGGAUGCGCAGCCUGCGGCCACCAGUGGGGACCAGCCCCCCAGCGCAGGCAAGAAGAGGAAAAGGAAGAAGGCUAAGGUCGAAACCCAGGCCCAGGUGAAUGGGACCCCUGUAGCCAAGAGCGCUGCCAAGAGUCUGGCCCCAGAGCCCCCUGCCUCGAGCCCCAGCACCCCUGCCAAGACCCCAAAACUACAGAAGAAAAACCAGAAGCUGUCCAAGGUGAAUGGAGCCCCUCCCGUGUCUCCCACGGAGCCUGCUAGCAAAAAGCAGCACCAGAAGGAGCUGCCCAAAAAGGGGGUCUCAGGCAAAUCGCCCCAGUUGGUGCUGCCACGGAAAAAGGCAAGAUUGUCUUUGGCCAGCAGGAGCCCCAGCCUCCUGCUCCAGAGCGGGGCCAAGAGAAAGAAAGCACAGCUGAGGAAGGGGGCAAAGUCCUGAGCGCGGACCCUCUUCCCUCCGCCCCUCCCUGUCAGCCCUAGAGACCCCUAUUUUUUCACCAGGAUUUUAAUAAACAAGCCACUGUGUGAGGUACUGCCGUCUGGCACUGGGGCGGAGGCCCUGCUGCCAGCCUGCCUGCAGGGCCCCCUG